ACCCACUCACCCGGACCCACCCCGAUCUCGAGAACGCCUCCAAAUAGACAUUGAGUCCAGCGGCCGAAGCGGCACCUAACAAAGGCUGUACAGGCGAGACACCAGGGGAGUUUGAUCGGCCGAGGAUGAAACAGGUCACGUGUCUCAGUCUCCCACGGUGUUGUCGAUGGUCUCUGUUGUCGGUCACACGGCGAUCGCCGCAUGAUGCAACAUUUUUGGGCAACUCCUGUGGCUCUCACAGUCGGCCAGAGUCUGCAACAGUUCACGCACAAUGGGUCCUGAGCGACAAUCAUCUCAGGCGAUCCCUAUUCCUCAACCCUCCACUCCAGUAGGCGACGAUGAUACGCCUCCCAAUGGUCCUGCUCAUCCAGUCGAUGUCUCACCUUCGUUCGAUUAUCACGACGAAAGGCGUCUUCACAUGAACGAUGAGAUUUGGUUAUCGCAUCAUCUGCCUCGACUUCCACCCGCUUCGCUCAAUGACAAGCAAGGUUUCUAUCCUGGAUCUAUCGGGUCGUCCUCCGUGACACCCGGUUCCAUGUCCCCUUCCAACCAUUUUGCUCAAAGUGCAGGACCAAGUCUAUCGUCAUCACCUCGAUUGGAACGUAAAGCAAAAGAGCGAGCGAUACCGAGUCAUGUAUCGAUAGGUCAACCACUUCAGGAUGCGAGUCCUUCGGCUUUUCAUCCCACAGCUCCGGAGCUCGACGUGCCGAGACACGCAGAAGGAGGAUCAAGGAUGACCCUGGAGGGGGAUGAUGGCGGCGACGAUGAAGGAGACCCUGGCAUGUCGACAAGCAACGCCGAACAGACACCAGCUGCGGACUUGCAUCCUGCCAAGGCUGGGAUCGACCCAGAUAACCGUGGGGACGAACAUGAACGUCUGAGCUACGCGAUUGAGCGAGACGAGCGAGAGUUGGAUCAAGGGGGAGGUUUCUCACAGAAUCAACAUGACUCAGGACAAGCCGCACAGGCUGCCCAGGAUGUGACCUUGUCCACACCAGAGCACAACAUUGGCUCAGAGCUGAAGUCUCUCUAUGGCUCAUUUGCGCGAUGCUUGGCAAUCCGAGACAAAUACAUGGCUUUGUCUUGCCAGCGUCUAGGUGAUAACCCAAGAGAUCACGAUGGUUCCUUCCAAGGCUUCAAUCCGCCGUCCUCAGGGGACGUUAGUGGCUUGAAACCCGAUGCAAACCAGGAUCAGUCUGAAGUCUUCCCUCCAAACCCAAGCAAUGAUGACGCUUUCAACGCUGCGCCAUUCCCAGCAUGGAAGAUUUAUCCUCCUCCACCUGCACCUCACUGGCACUGGACACCAGCGGAAGAUGGUAUUCGCCCAGAACAUGCCGAUGACCCAGAUGCUGCUCAAAGAGUUUCCUCAACCGCAGACGAUCCGUCCGCUAUCACUGGCGAACGAAGUGGAGGAAAAGACUCUCAAGCAUUCAGAAUUGAAACUUGCGAGAUCCCUUCUGGAGCGAAUGUCAAGUGUGAUUUUGGUCUCAACGAGGAAGGCGUCUUCGAAGUUUGGUACGAAGAUCUAGAAGCCACCGGAUCGAUUCCUGCUCCUGCUUCCGCAGCCAAACUGGAAACGGAACCGACGAGUCGCUCAGCGAAAGGCAAGGGGAAACAGAGGGUUUCCCGAGUGCCUUCCCUCAAAGAAUAUUUUACCGACCUUGACUACCUUCUGGGCGUAUGCUGCGAUGGCCCAGCCAAAUCAUUUGCUUUCCGACGACUCAAGUACCUCGCGAGCAAGUGGAGCAUGUAUUGCUUGUUGAACGAGUAUCAAGAAUUAGCAGAUAUGAAGGCUGUUCCGCAUAGAGACUUUUACAACGUCAGGAAAGUCGAUACGCAUAUACACCACUCUGCCAGUAUGAACCAAAAGCACCUGCUGCGAUUCAUCAAGUCAAAAUUGAAAAAGGCUCCAAAUGAGAUCGUCAUUCAUCGAGACGACAAGGACUUGACAUUGAAACAAGUCUUUGAAUCACUCAAACUCACCGCCUAUGACCUGUCGAUCGAUACGCUGGAUAUGCACGCGCAUCAGGAGUUCCACCGAUUCGACAGGUUCAAUGAUCGAUAUAAUCCUACUGGGUCAUCACGUCUGCGAGAGAUCUUCCUGAAAACGGACAACCUGCUGAAGGGCAAAUAUCUCGCCGAAUUAACACAGGAACUCAUCACCGACCUGGAGCAGAGCAAGUAUCAGAACUCAGAGUGGCGGCUAUCCAUUUACGGGAGGAGCAUGGCAGAAUGGGACAAGCUUGCCAAAUGGGUCAUCAAUAACAAGCUAUUAUCUCACAACGUCAGGUGGUUGAUCCAAGUCCCGCGACUGUAUAAUGUAUACAAGCAAGCUGGUCAAGUGGAUAGCUUUGAGGAUAUUGUCAAGAACGUUUUUCAACCCUUAUUCGAAGUCACCAAAGACCCCUCAACGCACCCGGAGCUCCAUGUCUUCCUCCAGAGAGUCGUUGGCUUCGACAGCGUCGACGACGAGUCGAAACCUGAGAGGAGGCUGUACCGAAAGUAUCCAACAGCUCAGAUGUGGACGACAACGCAAAGUCCGCCGUAUACAUAUUGGAUUUACUACAUGUAUGCGAAUAUGGCGAGCUUGAACGCCUGGCGACGAGCCAGGGGUUUCAAUACUUUCGUCCUCCGGCCUCACUGUGGCGAAGCUGGCGAUACCGAUCAUCUGUCCUCGGCAUUCCUCACUGCGCAUUCCAUCUCGCACGGUAUACUCUUGCGCAAAGUCCCCGCGUUGCAAUACCUCUACUAUUUGAAGCAGAUUGGUCUCGCCAUGUCGCCAUUGAGUAACAAUGCUUUAUUUUUGACAUAUGAACGCAAUCCAUUCAAGGAUUUCUUCCGGGCAGGAUUGAACGUCUCGCUGUCAACGGACGACCCGCUUCAGUUCCACUUCACUGCCUCUCAUUUGCUCGAAGAAUACUCUUGUGCUGCGCAGAUUUACAAACUCACCCCUGCGGAUAUGUGUGAACUGGCUCGAAACUCUGUUAUCCAAUCUGGUUGGGAAAUGCAAGUGAAGAAGCAUUGGAUCGGUCAAAAGUGGUAUCUUCCAGGAUCCGCAGGUAACGAUAUCCACAAGACCAACGUGCCUAAUAUUCGUCUUGCUUAUCGGCAUGCGACUCUGUUGGAGGAAUUAUCACUCAUCCAUCAUGGUCUUCAUUCACCUUCGGCCACCCCGACGCAUCUCAAGACGUACCCUGUUCUACCCAAUUCUCCCAUGGCCAAUACAAGUCUAGGUACGCCCAUUGCAGCCCCUGGUCCCGGUACAGGUCUGUCCAUGUCUGCCGGAGAUGUCGGUGCAGCAGCCAUGGCUCUAAGUACAAUUACAUCGCUACCGAGUUCCAUAUCCGAUGCCGUUGCUUCACGUCAAUUACCCGGCGGUCCAAUGAUCAGUCAUUCGACUAAACCCAGCCUGAGUUUGCCUCCUGGUGGCAUCGUCGGGUCCAUGGGUGGGAGUGUACCGGUGCCAUUACCCGUCAAUCCCAAUCCUGUACAGGUUAUCGAGGGCGCUUCUGCGUUGGACGAAAAGGCUAGGAGGAAGAGAAGUGUUGGGAAUUUCAAGCGGGACAUUGAAGAGUUCCGUACAGGAACGAGAGGGGAGUGAAGGGCGCACACACACAGCUGAGAGCAGAGUGGCACAACUACCCUGGCCAGGCCUCAUCAUGCAUUCGUGCCAUUGUUAGAGGAAUGGCGCUUCGGAGAUC